AUGUAUCCCGAUGCCAGAAAUAACCCACGUUUAUGUAGAGGCAAUAGAAAUAUACGUCAAGCAAAGGGAACCACUCAUCGUGCCUCUUCUCGUCCAGUAACAUCAGCACAUACCUACUGGUGUCCAAGUUCAGUAACAGAUAAUUUUAACAGUGGAUCUGGACAUCAUAACCAUUAUAGACCAUGUGACAGCCUUUGCUACCCGUAUAGGGGAAAUAAUCCCUGGAUGACUGUCAGUGACUUUUCAUGCCAUCCUUCAAGAAACUCUGGCCACAGAAGAGGUUUUCCAUAUCCCGGACAUGUAUUUGGUGGCCAUCAAAUUAUUCGGACGCUAUCAACCUCUGAGUCUUCAACCAAUCCAAACUAUUCGGUUGAGUCCACCUACUUAGUUCAAGCUGGUUCUUCAGAAAGUGAUACUUCCUUGUCUGUUCGGCAACGACCAACAGCUAACUUAAAAGUAGAUUGUAAACCUAAUAAUCAUGAUAAUUUGAGAAGUAACCUUAUCGAUGAAUUGCGCAAUAGCACAUAUCAGUGUAUGAUAUGCAUUUCAGAAAUUCGUGUUACUGACCGAAUUUGGUCAUGUGCUACGUGUUAUCACAUUUACCACCUAUCAUGUAUCAGGUCUUGGGCCAAAAAAUCAUUCCAGGAACCUAACAUCGAGUCUGGUUCAUCUUCCGUUUGGCGCUGUCCAUCUUGUCAAACAAAUUAUGAUAUGUCUCCCCAACUAAUUUCUUACCGAUGCUUUUGUGGACGCACUGAAAAUCCUGAAUUUCACCCUGCUCGUUUUACAAUACCACAUGGUUGUGACCAGGUUUGCAGUAAAGUGAAACGUAUAACUUUUGCAUCCAAUUUGUCUGAUUAUCAGUGCACCCAUCUUUGCACAGAACUUUGUCAUCCAGGUCCAUGCCCUCCAUGUUUAGCAACUAUCACUUUGAGUUGCCCAUGUGGAAAAUCUCAACGUCCUGCUACUUGUGGUGAUCCUAAUCUUCAACCUUGUGGUCAAAUAUGUGAACGUCAGCUUUCAUCUAAUUGUGCAACUGGUUUUCAUACAUGUUUAUUAACUUGUCAUUAUGGUUCUUGUAAUCCUUGUCAGUGGAUGAUUGAAACAGCUUGUUUUUGUGGUCAGGAUAAUAAUGUAAAGUUGAUUUGUGGCAGUAAUGAAAUACGGAAAUGCACUUUUUCUCAGAAAGAUUUACAAACUUUACGUACAGCUUUUGUGGAAUUUCAAAGUAAAAUAAUCAGUAACGAUCAUUCUGAUAUUUUAAAACUCCAGCAAAUAUCAAUUGCUGAUGACUUAUCAUUACAUGCUAAUGAUGAUUUAAACAAUAGUUUAUCCUCUCAAUUAUCCAAACCUGAUUUCCACAAUACUGAUUCAACUAGAAUAGUUAAUGAUAAUAAUAAACAAAUUAUUUCAUCUGAUUUACUAUUGGUUAAAAUUGGUCCUACUUUCUCAUGUGAUCGUGUGUGUGGUCGUCAAUUAAGUUGCAACAAUCAUAAGUGCUCAAAUUACUGUCAUUCUGGAGAAUGUCCACCUUGUGCGCUUGAUCCGGCAUGGUGUUUAACCUGUCCUUGUGGAAAAACACCUCUCACUAAAUUGGUAUCAACAAGUUGUUUAUACGGCAAUCGACAAUCUUGUACGGAUCCUCUACCUACUUGUCCUAAUAUCUGUGGGCGUCCUAGAUCACUAUGUGGUCAUACAUGUUCAGAAUAUUGUCAUACUGGCCCUUGUCCUCCAUGUGAAUUAUCUAUUUCAUUAAAAUGUCGUUGUGGACAAAGUUCAAAAGUAAUGACAUGUCAAGAGUUCUCUAAAUUAUCAGAUAAAGAAGGCGCUCCUGAACUCUGUUGUCAACGUGUAUGUAAGAAGAAAUUAAUUUGUGGUCGACAUAAAUGCAAAACAUUAUGUUGUAAUGAUACUAUACACUCAUGCCCUGAAAUCUGUGGUCGUCGAUUAUCUUGCCAACUACAUUAUUGUGAAGAACAGUGCCAUUCAGGCCCAUGCAAUUCUUGUUGGCGUGGUGUGAUUUAUUCAGAACUAGUAUGCCGUUGUGGUCACACCAUACUGCAUCCCCCACAGCCCUGUGGAUCUAGUGCACCUGAAUGUAAUCAACCUUGCAGUCUCAUACAUAAUUGUGAUCAUCCAGUUAAACAUGCGUGUCAUAUGGAACCUAAGUGUCCACCUUGUACAGUCAUAAUGAAUAAAGUUUGUCCAGGAGGACACGGAGUACAGUUUAAAGUGCCUUGUUUUCAAGAAGUUCGAAGUUGUGGGCGAAUUUGCAAUAAACCACUUUCAGGUUGCUCACAUCUUUGUCAGCGUAAAUGUCACGCCGGUCCUUGUUUGGAUCUCACUACAUCCGACGAAGAAUGUGAUACUGUAUGCAUCCAACCCUGUCAGAAACCUCGUCCUGGUUGCGGACAUCCAUGUGGUUUACCCUGUCACGAAGUUCGAAAUCAAUCAUGCUUGGAGGCUUUUUCUAAUCACGGUUCAGAAAGCCAGUUGAUUUGUACUGCAUUAGUAGAUGUCGUCUGUCGCUGUGGAAAUAUCAAGCAAAAACAACAGUGUCAUCAGGUGUAUACAAAGCAAUAUCUACUUUUGGAGCAUGAACGCAAUAUGAGCAGUGCACCAUUGACAGGUAGUCAUUCACUUUUUACGGAACAUGAUUCUCAAAAGCCAAUACCUCUAUUAGCUUGUGAUAAUUCUUGUACUAGUUCUACAGAAUCACAUACAACCAGUCAAUAUGCUAAUACAAGCACUUGGAAGAGAGGUUUAACAAACAGUUCUGAUGCUAUGUUGCCUAACUUAGAUGAAGAUGAAUGCCCAUUUGAUCCUCCGGAGUAUCCUGAUCAUUUAAAGCAGUUUGCACUAAGAAAUUUUACUUUUGUUGAAAAUAUUGAAGAACAAUUGAAAAGUAUGAUUAUGCAGUUCUGGAAAUCCAAUAUUGAACCUACUGAUCCAAAUAAUCCUAAAGAAUACCCCAAAGUUCUGGUUCAUCAUUUUCCGCCUAUGAAUAAAAGAAAACGUCGAUUCAUUCAUGAUAUUGUAGAAUACUAUGGUAUGGAAGCUUGUACAUAUGAUCCGGGACCUAACUGUCAUGUAAUGGUUAUUGCGAGACGUGGUUAUUCCAAACUACCUGCAGGAUCAAUGAGUAAUCGUGGAAGCCUUACCAGUGUACUCAAACGAGAAUAUCCUGGAGCCGUGAAGCUUUCCAACGAACAACCGAAAAUGGUAAAAGAUCCUAAGACUGACUGCAAUGUAUCACCUGUUUCAAAUAUUUCGACUUUGUCUUAUGCUCAAAUACUACAUAUUUGUGCUCUGUCAUCGUGGCUCACAAUCUUCAAAUCAAACGUUGCGUCCAUGCCGUCGAUUGUGAAUUGUCGUUUAACUAGCUCAUUCGUUAUUAUUGCUUCAACGUUAAGUUCUAUAACGCCCGGUUUAGCGUUCGGUUUUUCUUCGGCAUGCACUCUCCAAGUGUACUUUACGAUCUCGAAAUCUGCGAUUUUCGCCAGUUCAUUGAACAUUGGUGGUCUUUUAGGCGGGUUGCUAUCAGCGCAUAUGUUGUCAACUGCUGGAAGACGUUUUACUCUUUUGGUAUCUUGUAUUCCUACUGUGUUAGGCUGGUUAUGGAUGUAUCUAUGUUCUGACGUAAUAUAUCAAACUGCCUUCCCAACGAAUUUAUUUGUUUUUGGUCGUCUUUUAACUGGAUUGGGGGCGGGAUUAUGUAUUCCAUCUUCUGCCACAUAUAUGUUAGAAAUAUCUCCAACUAAAAUUCGUGGUAUAGUUGGUUCAUUACCUCAAGUUGGAAUAGUCACAGGGAUUUGUAUAUCUUUUUUCAUGGCUAUGUUUACGCUCUGGGAACAAAUCGCCCUAGUAAAUUCCAUUUUCUCCAGCGUCAUACUAGUUCUCGUAUGGCUUCUCCCGGAAUCUCCGAAAUGGCUUCGAAAAGCUGGCCGUAUUCACGAGGCUAACAGUGUUAGCAUACAGUUGUUUGGGGUAGUCAGUGGACAUUCUGCGGAUACGAUCGAUUUAAACGAAAGUAUAACCAAUAGUGAAACAAAACAGCACUCAUUAUGGCAUUAUAUCUUUCCAUGUUCACUUGUUCCGUCAAGUCAACAACCUCAAUUACGAAUGGCUACAGCCCUCAUGAUAUUUCAACAGUUAACUGGUGUAAAUGCUAUCCUCUUUUUUGCUGAAUCAGUUUGUCUCAUUGGAAAUGCAAAAUCACCUCCUAUUUGUGCCUUUUCUAUAGGCUUUUUUCAAAUGAUAUUCACUAUUUUAGCAGCUUUUGUUAUCAAUCACGUGCGUCGAAAAACGUUGCUUCAGUUUAGUGCCUUUAUCAUGGUUAUAGCUUUACUAGCCUACAGCAUUACAAUUUCUGCUUAUUCAUACAUUGAUGAACUUGGUCAGUUUUGGAUUAUUUUAUUUAUGUUUGGUUAUUCAUUUGGCUGGGGACCAUUACCAGUACUUAUUAGCAUGGAAUUAUUUCCAGUUAGUAGUCGUGGAAAUGCUGUCAGUGCUGCUAUCGCUAUCAAUUGGAUCUUUGCUUUUAUAAUAACAGAACUAUUUGAAAUAACUGGUAAUUCAAUUAAUCCUGCCAUAGUAUUUGUCAUAUUUUCUAUAUGUUGUUUAAUAUCUAUGGUUUAUGUGCAUAAAUAUUUGCCAGAAACUAGCGAUGAAUCAAAUGGAUCAACAUUAGAUACUAUUUCAUCAUUAUCGUAUAAAUCACAAUUAAGUGCUUAAUGAGAAAGUAUUUUCUAUAAUUUCUAAUACAAACACUAAUUAUUACUGUUUUUGAUAUUUGUUUCCUUAGGAACCAUAUUUUUUUCACAUUAUUUUAAUUUUUUUCUCGUAAGAGUCAAGUCUCCCUUGACUUGUUCUUUUUUAUCGCUUUCUCUCGUAUAAUUGAUGUUCUCGUUUAUAUGUGUAUAUGCCUGAUUCAGAAAGAUUAAUAUUUCCCUAUUCCACUUACACACUACUCAUGCUUCAUUAUGUGUUGCAUAAGUACACUUUCCUUUUUUUUGUAGAUCAUGACAAACUUAUUUUUUAAAAAAAUAAUGUCGAUAUUUGUUUUAUGUUUUGUUUGUUUUUUUUUGUUUUUUUUUUCACAACAAAUAUUACGUAACAUUUGUUCCGAUAGUUUUGAUUUUUCAUUGAGUGAUCAAAAUAUGAUUUGUUGCUAUGGUUUUUGAAGUUGAUUUUGUUACCUAAAUACCCAGGUAAAUGGUGAAAAGUUAUUAUUAUUAUUAUUAUUAUUAUUAUUAUUAAUGGCUUUAUUCAAUAUUAUAUUUUGGUACAAUAUAAAAUUCUCAGCACAGGGUAUUUUAACAAGUUACUUGCGCAAAAAAAAACCGUGACAAAGACAAAAAAAGGGAGAAAAGGUUAAAAAAAACGAAAAACUGUACAACUUUUCAAAUUAGAGACAUGUUAAGAAUGCAGGUUAUUGACUAGGUUAAUUCUAACAACCUUUACGUCACAGAGUAUAUUUGCUAGGUAAGGUAUUAUCGAGUUAUUUAUUCAUUCUUUUGUUUUUAAAUAAUAAUUCACUUGUUUAUCAGUUAAUGUUUUUUAUUAAUGAUAAUUACUUCUUAGUAUAUUCUACAUCUUAUUAAUUUUUGUACAUGAAAUAUGAAUUGAGAAUUUUUUUUCAAGUGGUACCAAUGGGAUAUUGGUUAUUUGUUCUAAUUUUAUGUCAUAAAGAAAUUGUUUUCAAUGUGGUGUUAUAUUGUGUUACAUUUUAAGAUAAUGAAUGAAUAUUUGAAUAAGAAGUUGUCUUGUAGAUGUAUUUGUUGUUGAUGAAAUUGUUCGUUUUUUUUUGGUGAUCAUCAUUGUGUAACAUUUAGAAAAAUAUCAUAAUUAGACUGACGGGAUUUCUAGGUAAAGUCUAUCAAAUGUAUCCGUGGUAGACUAAAAACAUUUCAAUAUUUUCUAUAAUGAUUAGUAUGAAGUUCUGGGAAAUUUUAUUUAGAUCACGUCGCGAUCUAAGUAAAACAACCACUAGAAAGCUGGAAACACUGGGCAAUCACUUCGUUUCAGUAGGAGAGUUUUCAGUCGUGCCCAUCUUCAACUUCUCAAGGAGGAAUAAUAGAAAUCAGUAUCUCACGUUCGAAAGCUUAAUCUCUAUACCACUAGUGUGAUAGUCUAACUUCAAUCAAUCCACGAUAUUGUGCAAACACCUUCACUAAUAUAUACUUCAAACCAAUAAAUUUAGUGGAUGUAAUUAACUGUAACAGCAACAGUAGUGAUGUAGAAUAAAAACACAAAGAGAACACGUUAGGAGUAAUCCAGUAGCCAUUUCUUAUAAACCGAUAAUACUUUACAUCACUACAAUUGAUUUUAUCUUAUAUCAUUUGUAGUACAUAGCGUAUACCUGUGUCACAAACUCUUAUUUAAGAACUCAACUCAAUGGGUCAGACCAAUUUCGAAGCUCUUUAUAAGUACGUAUCCCAUUCUCAUUUGAUUAUACGUUUGCUUAUCUUCAUUAGAAGACAUGACUUAAGUGAUGUGUACACCUUUUCAAGUUUCCUCAGCACAUUAUUAAAGUAAAAAGUAUGAGAUAUUCACGAAACAGAAUAUUAGGGGUAGGUUAAAAAAGUAUUUAAUGUUUCCGUUACACUCCAACGUCAUUCGUUCCGAGUCAAUGAUCAUAGUUGUCACAUAGAACCUGUUUUGUUGUGAUCGCUUAGCAGAACAGAUCAGAUCGGUAACCACAUGGAUUGAUGCAGGCUACAGAUUUGGAUACUUAUAGCCUUCUUUUAUUCUAUUCCCAUCCCAGUCAGUCUACGAUUUCAACGUUGUUGGUGGUUAGAUGAAAAAUCAUUCAGUUGUUUCAAACAUUAUCAACCGAUCAAUAUCUGUGAUAUUCAUGUCAAAGAAAGUUAUUCAAGAGUAUUGUAUUCUUAGUUAAUUAGAUAAUUAGUUUGACGAUAGAUUUCGUCAUUAUAAUCUAUACUUUUAGUCCCUUAUUUUAAACUAAUAAUUGUGUGAUACACAUACAUAUUUCAAACAUAUGGUCAAAGUAAGAAAGAAAAGAAACAAACAUGAAAAGUUUAUUCUGUUACGUAAGAGAAAAAUGAUAAUAAUUGACACGUAUCAGUAUGACAAAUUUCAAUAGUAUCAGGUUUUCCGGAUCAUUGUUUGAUUAAGUCCAUCUUAUCUGAUCAUAAUCAACAGUUUAUUGAAUGAAGAAAGAAUAUCGAAGUAAG